UCUCUUGUUUAUAUUAAACAACAACCAAAAAAAAAAAAAAAUCAAUCCCAGUCCUUGCCAUCAUCAUCAUCAUCAUCAUCAUCAUCACUCCCCACCCACCAACCUUUCCCAACACAAAAACAAAACAGCUGUUUUUACUAGUUUUGAUUGUGAGAGAGAGAGAGGAUGAGAGUGAGUGAAAAUUAUGCGAAUCCUUUGUGACGCUUGUGAAAGUGCUCCUGCUAUUGUCUUCUGUGCUGCUGAUGAAGCUGCUCUCUGCCAUUCUUGUGAUGAAAAGGUCCAUAUGUGCAAUAAGCUUGCUAGCCGUCAUGUCCGUGUUGGACUAGCAAAUCCAAGCGCCGUUCCUCGUUGUGACAUAUGUGAAAAUGCACCCGGUAUGCAUACAGCUUUCUUUUAUUGCGAGAUAGAUGGGAGUUCCCUUUGUUUACAAUGUGAUGUGAUUGUACAUGUUGGUGGUAAAAAAACACAUGGAAGAUACCUUCUUUUAAGGCAAAGAGUCGAGUUUCCGGGUGAUACGUCGGUUGAACCGAGUGAAAACGGGAGAGGCCAAAAUCAACUAACAAUAGGAGAGAACCAACAAAAUCAUAAGGUCUCUCCUUUUAAAACAGAUAGUACUAAAAUGAUAGAUUUGAAUAUGAAGCCUCCUCAUCGUAUUCACGGACAAGCCUCGAAUAAUCAGGAACAAUAAUCUGAUUUUUCUCGGAAGAGGGUGGUGAUGAUUGUCUCGUUAGCUUUGAUCUCCUUAGACUAGCUUUUAGCUUUUUAUACUAGUUUAGUUUUCAGACAGCUUUCGAGGCUCAUGCUGUGAGGCAAAAGGAUGUAAGCCGUAUUCACUGCUAAGCAAUGAUUUGUAAUCUGCCAUUUUUUUGUAAGUUUUUGCUUGUAAAGGUUGAAAUGGCAUCGUAAAAACACCACUUUUUUCGUGUGUAGGUUGAAAGCAUUUGGGAAUGUUUUGAUCAUGCUUGAGAUUAAUGCUUAAAUACUAAUGUUAUGAUUAUAA